ACAAAGGAUGGAGGGAGUCUGGAUGUGGAGGAACGUGGGUCUGAGGAGGGAAUUCCAAAGUGAGAUAGGUGGGGCUCCCCAGACUAUAUGUGUCAGGCUACUGGGGUGUCCCCAAAGGCUAGCAGAGAGCUGGGGUUCUGCCAACUGGUGCUCAAACCAGGCUCAGGCAUUCCAUGACCCCUGAAUGGAAGGUGCCAGCCACACCUCUCCACAGCCCUCGCAGUCGUCUACCUUCCUCUGUUCCUCCUACUGACUGCAAACUCAUAACAUCAGGUUCUCCCUGGGAAACAGGCAUAAGGACAACGGGAAGGGAGGAAGGGCCCUGCACAGCCCUGGGGACGAUCACACAUCCCACAAGAGAGGAGAAAAAGCCCAAAAUGUGAACACAGUGGUCAAAUCAGAACGUGCAAAGACAACUAUGCUUCCAGAGUUCAGAGACUCAGAGAUACCACUUUCCAUCCAUCCAUCCAUCAUUUGCAUCAUCCCACUCACCAGCUCAGAGGUGAUUCCAGCUGGUGGAUGCGGUGGAGGGGGUGGGGGUUCUCAAUUCCUGGUUAAGGCCCAAGGGUAGCUCCAAUGCCAGAGAGAAGUAACCAAAUAGAGUAGAACAAGCUGUGGCUUAAAAUUCGAGCCUUGGUUUUCCUCUCUACUCGGUCACUAACUAGCUGUGUGAACUAGGUCACAUGGCUUCACCAUUCUGGACCUCAGUCUCCUCACCUGUAAAAUGGGGACAGUUCGACCAGAAGGUGGGUGGGGGCUUUCCAGUCCUGACAUUCUAUGGCUGACUCUUUACCCCCUGAUGUCACAAUAUGGAGCCAGAUCGUGAUUGGCUUAUAGCCUCACCCAGCUCUGCUGUUCUCUUGGUCAUGGGCACAAGAUGGACUUGCCCUGGACCUCCCCUACUUAUGCUCUUCUGUUAUGGGCAGCUCUUGCCAUGGCUCAGGACCGAGGGUGAUCAGAGCUUAGGUGAGUCUGGAACCCAAAGAAGCAUGGCAUCAGGUGAGGGGACCAGGCAGGGGCAGGCCACUCCCAGGACAGCGUGAUGCCCAUCUCCUUCUUUGUAGACAACCUCUACAAUGAGACCACGGCAAAGACGUUCCUGCAGUUUUAUGAGAAUACAGCCCAGAUUGUGUGGAACGAGUUCAUGGAGGCCACCUGGAACUACGUCACCAAUAUCACCAAAAAAAAUCAGGAGGAAAUGCUGCACAAGGAUGAGGAGAAGUCCAAGCACACGCUGUACUUUGGCACCCGGGCCCGCCUGUUCAAGAACGCCAGGUUCCAGGACCCGGCUGUGAAGCGCAUGCUGAGUAAGCUGCAGAACAUAGAGAAGGCAGCCCUGCCCGAGGACGAGCUUCGGGAGUACGACAAGCUUCUGGCCUACAUGAAGACGACGUACAACAUGGGCCAGGUGUGCCUGAAUGAGGGGCCCUGCAUGCCCCUGGAACCUGAUCUCAAAGAAAUCAUGGCCACCUCCCGGGACCAGAAGGAGCUGCUGUGGGCCUGGCAGGGCUGGCGGGACGCUGUGGGUCGCACGCUCCGUGUCACCUUUGAACACUAUGUGGAGCUCAGCAACAAGGCUGCGAGGCUCAAUGGUUACAGAGACAUAGGGGCCCUGUGGCGGUCCAAAUACGAAUCUGACAAGCUGGAGAAGGACCUCGAGCAGCUCUUCCAUGAGUUGCAGCCGCUCUACCUGAACAUGCAUGCCUACGUGCGCCGGGCCCUGCACCGUUACUAUGGACCCGAGGUCAUCGAUGUGAAGGGGCCCAUCCCUGCCCACCUCCUGGGGAACAUGUGGGCUCAGUCCUGGGUCAAAAUCUUAGACCUGGUCCUACCCUUCCCAAAUAAGCCACCUGAGGACAUCACAAAGAUCAUGCGAAACCAGCACUGGAACCCCGAGAAAAUGUUCAUAGAGGCUGAAAAAUUCAUCACUUCCCUGGGGCUGCUUUCCACUCCUCCUGACUUCUGGAAAAAUUCGAUGAUGGAAAUGCCAAGCGACGGGCGUGAGGUGGUAUGCCAGGCCUCCGCCUGGGACUUCUACAACGGCAAGGAUUUUCAGGUGAUAAAGAAGUGCACCGAGGUGACCAUAGAAGACCUGCUCUCCAUCUUCCACCAGAUGGGCCAUAUCCAGUAUUUCUUGCAGUAUAAGAACCUCCCUGUGAUCUUCCGCGCAGGCCCCAACCCCGCCUUUGAAGAGGCCGUGGGGUCAGUGAUCACCCUCUCGGCCUCUUCCCACAAGCACCUGCUCAACAGAGGCCUGCUCAGCCGUCAGCACCAGGACUCAGAGGAGGAGCUCAAUUUCCUGAUGGGCAUUGCCCUGGACAAGAUCGCAUUCAUCCCCUUCGCCUACUUGGUGGACUUGUUUCGCUGGAAGGUCUUUGAUGGCACCAUCCAGAAGGAUGCCUAUAAUCUGGAGUGGUGGAACCUCAGGUUGAAGUACCAGGGCCUGUGCCCCCCCAUCCCUCGGACAGAAGACGACUUUGAUCCAGGUGCCAAGUUCCACAUCGUUGCCAGCAUUCCCUACGUUCGGUACUUCCUAAGCCUAGUGCUCCAGUUCCAGUUCCAUGAAGCGCUGUGCAAAGCCUCAGGCCACGCAGGUCCACUGCACCGGUGUGACAUCUAUAACUCUAGGACGGCUGGGAAGCUUCUGGAGGACAUCCUAAAGCAGGGUGCCAGCAAACCCUGGCCAGAGGUCCUGCAGAAUAUAACCGGGAAAACCAAUGCUGCAAAGGCCCUUAUGACCUACUUCAAGCCCCUGCUGGACUGGCUGGUCACUGAGAACGUGCGCCAGGGGGAGAUCCUGGGCUGGCCCGACUUCAGCUGUUUCUUUGAAGAAAAAGAUACAGACAAGGUGAAAUUCCUGAGCCUGAAGCUGGAACCAGAGCAGGCAAACUCGGGGCAGUGGGUGUUGCUGGCUCUGAGCUUCAUGUUCCUGGUGGCCCUAUUGCUGGCCUGCAGGCUGUGCUCCCUGGAAAAAAAGUCACUGCCUCAGGACACCGUGCACAGGACACCAGUAGACAGGACACCGGUUCACAGGACACUAAUCUCAAGACACCACCCAACGCGUACUUCCUGGGCAUAGCCAUGAAAACCCAGCCAGGUUGCCAAAGACAGUGGAUUCUGCUGGGCUUCUGCUCAUCCUGAUGCUGUGCUCCAUCGGCCUGACAUUGGAUUUUCACCCAGCACCACAGGAAGCCUCCGUGGCUGAGGGCUGAAUGGUGGAGCUGGGACUAGACACCAGUGCAACUACCAGCCCGCCCCCCCACGCGCAGGGGCAGCCAGGACAACUCUGCCCCCCAAGGAGGUCACAUUUGCAAGCUCUCUCAUCCUCCAGCCACAGGGGCCAAAGAGGCCCCCCAUCAGGCAUUGUG